GAACUUUAAAAGAAAAGGUUCAAGAAAACCCCUAAGGCUUCACCACUUCGUUCUGCUAAACCCUCCAACCAGGUUUAAAAUUUAGUUAAAACGAGGAAAAAAUGCCACUGGGAUUGAUAUUAGGGAUAGGAAGGACGUUUCGAAGGAAGCGUACCUCAUCGCUCGAUAUUCUCUCGUCUAAACGAGCACCAAGAGAUUAUUACAAGGGGAAAAAUUGCAAGUCUACUGGUUUCCACACUCGCAAAGGUGGAUAUGUUGUGAUGCAGGAGAAGUUGCCAAACUAUGUGGUUCCUGAUUUGACUGACUUCAAGCUCAAACCAUAUGUAUCCCAGUGCCCAACUGAAGUCAAAACCGCAGAGGCUGCUGAAUCAGCUAAAUAAUCAGCAGAUGGAGUGAGUAUAGUUGUUUGAUCAUGUCUUUCAUCAUCUAACCUCAGCCUUGUUAAAUUAGAACAUAGUCUUUUGGGGUGCACUGCCUUAGGUCAAGGUCUUGCGAGUUCUUUAUUUUUGUCCUACAUUCUAAACUAUUAACAAUUGCCUGUAAUGUCUGAGGUCUGAUUGCUUAAAAUGUACAACACCUCUACCUGAUUUAGCUGAUACCCAGCAAUAGGUAAAUCAGGACAUACAAGCACUAAGCAAUAAGAAUAUACUAUGUCUUAAACAUUGAACCAUCGGUAUCGAAAAUUUAAAUUGCUUUGAAA